AUGUCUCACUCUAAUAACCCGUUUUUGACGGCCGCCAACGUGCCUGACAUCCACAUUGUGCCUCCCGUGGGGGAGCAGACCCCGCCUCCGCUACCACCACUGCCUUCACGGCCAGCAACGCCCAACUCGUCCUCAGAUUCGCUCAUUUCUGAGGAGGAGGUCCUUGCAAACAUGCCUCCCUCGCCAAAAUACACGGAAAUGCCAUCGCCAGGCGAAAUCAGCAUACCCAAUAACCAGGCAAUUGACCCACUAUCCAUCAAUGACUCCCGCCCCACGGCUGAUCCGCCAGCAUACUCGGAGACGUCUUCAGAAGUGGCGUCCGCGGUGGACAGGCCGCUACCGUCAGACGACGAGAAUCCGCCACCAACUCCACAGAGACCGCCUCAGCGCCCACCUAGGCCUUCACGGCGUGCCCACUCAACGUCGCCAGCGCGGCACCAGCGCCCGUAUGUGCAGCCAACACGGCCGUUGCACCCAAUAUAUGCACCUCCACCCACUCAAUAUUUGGGGACGACCAUUACUUCUCCAAAUAGGCCCCCAUCGCCAACGUUGCCCCCACGCAGCUACCAUUAA